CGAAAACCCCAAUUCGCUCUUAGACGACGCAUAGACUUAUACACACACACAUAUUCAAUAGUACAAAUGCGUUUAUAUAUAUCUGUUAUAUAUAUAUAUAAAUAUGUAUAUGUAGUUGUGACUGGUGUGUGCUUAUCAGAGAUAUUCGUCUGAUAAUCGACUGAAACGAGGGCAGGGCGGUGAAGGGUUAAAUGGUAGGUAAAGCUGAGGAUUUGGACUUGUGCUUCGGGAAGAUGAUGGUGUUCGGCGGCGAUGGUGUUGGCGGAGGAAUGAUGCGAGGUGUUGGGGUGAUCACUGAGUGGAAGGAUAUUCCUAUGGAGCUUUUGUUGCGAAUUGUUUCUCUUGUCGACGAUCGUACUGCAAUUGUUGCUUCAGGGGUCUGUAGUGGUUGGAGAGAUGCUAUCUGCUUGGGGCUUACCCAUCUGUCACUCUCGUGGUCCAAGAACAACAUGAAUAACUUGGUUCUAUCUCUUGCUCCCAAAUUCACAAAACUACAAGUUCUAAUACUGCGACAAGAUAAACAACAACUAGAGGAUAGUGCUGUUGAGACUAUUGCAAAAUGCUGUCAUGACCUGCAGGACCUGGAUCUGAGCAAGAGCUUUAAGCUCAGUGAUCGCUCCCUAUAUGCUUUAGCUCGCGGUUGUCCGAAUCUUAUUAAACUCAACAUCAGUGGUUGUUCGGCCUUCAGUGACGCUGCUCUUGGAUAUCUGAGUGGUUUUUGCAGAAAAUUAAAAAUUUUAAAUCUUUGUGGAUGUGUAAAAGCUGCAUCUGAUAGAGCAUUAAAGGCUAUUGGGUAUAACUGUGGCCAGUUGCAGUCUUUGAAUCUGGGAUGGUGUGAGAAUGUUGGUGAUGUAGGAGUUAUGAGUUUAGCAUAUGGAUGCCCUGAUCUAAGAGCCCUCGACUUGUGUGGCUGUGUCCUUAUUACAGAUGAGAGUGUAAUUGCUUUGGCAAAUAAUUGCCUUCAUCUGCGAUCCCUUGGCCUCUACUAUUGCCAGAAUAUCACAGACAGAGCGAUAUACUCAUUGGCUCACAGACGAUUGAAUAACAAGAACAUGUGGAAGUCUGUGAAAAAUAGGCACGAGGAAGAAGGGCUUAUAAAUCUGAAUAUCAGCCAGUGCACAGCCCUUACCCCUCCGGCUGUUCAGGCAUUAUGCGACUCAUUUCCUGCACUUCACACCUGCCCAGGAAGGCAUUCCCUCAUUAUAAGUGGCUGUUUGAACUUAACAUCAGUGCAUUGUGCUUGCGCUUUUCAAGCACACCGUACAGCCAGCGCAUUUCCUCAUCCUGCUCAUUAGAGAUAGUUUGAGGUAAAAAUUUCAUGUCUCAGUUUAUUGGCCCGAGAAAGAAAAAAAAACUGAGGCCAUGUACAUAUUGUUGUUUUGAACACAAAGGACUCUGUUUGGCUUUAUGUGGUAGCCUUUUUGCUGCUGGAACCCGUAUGUUUGCUAUCUAUUCGGAUUUUGUAUAAUGACAUAUCGUGGUUGUUUUCGCCUUUCAGUAUGUGGCAAUAAGAAGGGGGGUGAUGUGUA